AUGGAUCCAAUCAAGUAUCUUUUCGAGAAACCAGCAUUAAUAGGGAGGAUGACUAGAUCGUUGCUGCUAUUAUCAGAAUUUGACAUAACUUAUGUCAAUCAAAAAUCUAUGAAAGGGCGAGCGAUCUCUGACCAUUUAGCAGCAUUCCCCUCAGAAGAUGACUCUCAAGCAACAGAAGACCUUUUCCCAGAUGAAGAGUUGCAUUCCUUAGAAGCGGAACCAAAUGAAGGUUGGCAGUUGUAUUUUGAUGGAGCCGCAAAUCAAAAGGGGUUUAGUGCUGGGGUAUUACUGAUAACCCCAGAAGACUUCUACUUGCCAAUGGUCUUCCGGUUGGAAUUCAGUUGCACCAACAACAUAGCAGAGUAUGAAGCCUGUGUCAUUGGGAUGGAAAUGGCCUUGUCUGUAGGAGCAGAAAGGAUCAGGGUUUACAGAGACUCCUCCAUUGUGAUCUGUCAAACACAAGGAAAAUGGAAAACUAAGGACGAGAAGUUGAAGUCAUAUCAAGUUUAUUUGGAGCAACUGACUCAAUGCUUUAAGGAAGUCUCUUUUGAGUAUCUACCUAGGGAUAACAAUAGGUUCGCUGACGCUUUGGCUACUUUGGCAUCCAUGGUGGAAUGUGAUACUCGAAACAGGAUCCGACCUUUUUUUAUAGAAAGAAGGACCAGCCCAGUAUAUGGAGAGCCAGUCAAUGCACUCAUCAAAGAUGGGAGGCCUUGGUAUGCCCCGGUGGUGGAUUACAUCAGGGAAAGGAGGUACCCUGAACAUUUUUUAGAAAGAGAAAAGAGGCAUUUGCAGAAAUAUACUACUCAAUUCAUCCUCUAG